AUGAAAGUUACAACAUUACCAUUAUUAAUUACUUUAAUUUCAAUAGUCAAUGCUGUUGAAGUUGAGAAGAGAGGGUUUCUUGCACAACUUUUGGGUUUAGAAGAUUCACCAACUACUGCACAAGCAAUUUCAACUCAAAAUAGAGCAGCUUCAAAUGUACCAACUACUUCUGCUCAACAAGCUGUAGCAGCAGCAGCAGCAGCAGCAGCUUCAACUACACCAGAUGAAGAUGAAGAAUGUGAAGAAGAAAUUCCAAGUUCAAGUGCUCCAAUUUUAAAUCAAUCUUCUAAUUCACCAUCAUCAUCAAAUUCAAUUUCAUCAAAUCCAACUACAUCUCCACCAUCUACUGGAAAUUCAAUAACUAGUUCAUCUCAACCUAGUUCACAACCAACUUCACAACCAACCACAUUAGUAUCAUCAACUUCACAAUCACUAUUUGAUAGUUUUAUUUCAGGUUUAUUCCCAGGUGGAAAUGCUUCAUCAGCUCCAACAAGUUCAUCAAAUCCAAGUUCAUCAAAUCCAACUACAUUAGCUGCUGAAUCUUCAGUAUCACCUGCUUCAGCAAAUUCACCAUCAAAUUCAAUUUCUUUACCAAACUUAAAUACAUCAGAUGAAGAUGAAGAAUGCGAAGAAGAUCCAACUACUACAGCUCCACCAGUUACUAAUAAUCCAACUAAUUCAUUACCAACCACAUUAGUAUCAUCAACUUCACAAUCACCAUUUGACAGUUUUAUUUCAGGUUUAUUCCCAGGUGAAAAUGCUUCAUCAGCUCCAUCAAGUUCAUCAAAUCCAACUACAUUAGCUGCUGAAUCUUCAGUAUCAUCUGCUUCAGCAAACUCACCAUCAAAUUCAAUUUCUUUACCAAACUCAAAUACAACAGAUGAAGAUGAAGAAUGCGAAGAAGAUCCAACUACUACAGCUCCACCAGUUACUAAUAAUCCAACUAAUUCAUUACCAACCACAUUAGUAUCAUCAACGUCACAAUCACCAUUUGACAGUUUUAUUUCAGGUUUAUUCCCAGGUGAAAAUGCUUCAUCAGCUCCAUCAAGUUCAUCAAAUCCAACUACAUUAGCUGCUGAAUCUUCAGUAUCAUCAGAUCCACCAGCUAUUACUUCAACUCCAAGUUCAUUGACCGCUUCAAAUAAUUCAACAACUGCAACUUCAAAUAUUCCAAAUUCAAGUUCUAGUGAUGAAGAUGAUGAUGAGUGUGAAGAUCCAACUACAACAUCCUUAGCCUCAAAUACAGACAUCAUUCCAACCACUACAAAUAAUAAUCCAGGUACUGUCGAUCCAGAAAGUACAGUAACCACUACAUCAGGCGGAAAUUUCUUAAGUUCAUUAUUAGGUUUAACAUCAACUUCAAGUAAUUCAGCCAAUCCAACAUCAAGUAAUGAUGAUGAUGAUGAUGAUGAUGAAAAUUGCACCGAUGAUCCAACAAAUACUAUUGUAACCAAUAAUCCAACAAAUACUAUUGUAACAAAUAAUCCAACAACAAAUUCAAAUAAUAAUGUUGGUAAUCCAACAUCUUUAGCUCCAGCACCAAAUUCAACUUCUUCUGUGGAUCCAGAUGAUGGUGAUGAUGAUGAAACGGAUUGUAAUGAACCAACAAUUGUACCAACAACUGCUACUGCUCACACAACAUUAGAUGCUGAAGAUACAACUUUCCAAACUACAAAAGUUGUCACAACAACAAACGGUUUAGGUCAAGGUACAACUCAAACUAUCACUACUCAAUUACCAGGUCAUACUUAUGUUCAAACUGCAACUGAAAUUGUUACAAUUCAAUAUACUGGUGCUGGUAAAACUUUUACAACUUAUGUUACUCAAUCAGGUGAAGAAUGUGCAUCAACUAUAACUUAUACAAUCACAACUACAUGUCCAACUACAACUGUAGCUCAAGGUGGUAAUAUUGUUACAACUACAAUUACAAUUGUUGCUACUCAUACUGUUUACCCAGAUGAAGAUGAUGAAGAUUAUGUACUGGGCUCAUCAGGAUCUACUGGAUCAGGAUCUACUGGAUCAGGUUCAAGUUCAAAUGAUGAUGAUGAAUGGGAAUGGGCAGAAGAAGAUGAUGGUGAUUGUACAACUACUCAAUAUUCUUAUUCUACUCAAACAGUUGUUGCUGGUGGUUCUGGGUCAUCAGGAAGCUCAGGAAGCUCGGGAAGCUCAGGAAGCUCAGGCUCAUCAGGAAGCUCAGGCUCAUCAGGAAGCUCAGGCUCAUCAGGAAGCUCAGGUUCACCAGGAAGCUCAGGCUCAUCAGGUACUGGUUCAGGGUCAGGUUCAUCUGUUGGGGAUGGUAGUGAUCAAAUUUGUCCUGGUGAACCAGGUUAUGACAGUGAUGAUGAUGGCUCACUCCCAUCAUCAUCAGGUACCGGUACUUCAUAUCCAUCAACUUGUGGAUGGUUUGAAGAUUGUGAAUGUGAAGAUGAAGAUGAUGACGACGAUGAAGAUGAUGAUGAGUGUGAAACUACUUCAUUCCAUUUUACAAAUAGUACAACACUUGCACCAUCAUCAACAGCUGUAUUAAAUACAACAUCACCAUUAACAUUACAAGCAGCUACUUUAUUAAGAGAUGUUGAAACAGUUGCUGCAGAAUCAAGAUUUGUAUCUAAUUCAAUAUCGACAAUUUUUACAUCUGAAACUGUUUCGGUAACAGCUAAUCCAUCGGUAACACAAGCUGGUAGUGGUAAUAAAAAUACUAAUCAUAAUAUACUUUAUGGUGUUAUGGGAGCAUUAGGUUUAUUAAUGAUUUAA